CGCCGCACACGCCGCAGACCCCGGGCCAGCCUGGAGCGCCCGCCACCCCCGGCACGGCAGGGGACAAGGGCCAGGGCCCGCCCGGCUCGGGCCAGAGCCAGCAGCACAUCGAGUGCGUGGUGUGCGGGGACAAGUCGAGCGGCAAACACUACGGCCAAUUCACCUGCGAAGGCUGCAAAAGUUUCUUCAAGAGGAGCGUCCGCAGGAACUUAACUUACACAUGCCGUGCCAACAGGAACUGUCCCAUCGACCAGCACCACCGCAACCAGUGCCAAUACUGCCGCCUCAAGAAGUGCCUCAAAGUGGGCAUGAGGCGGGAAGCGGUUCAGCGAGGAAGAAUGCCUCCAACCCAACCCAAUCCAGGCCAGUACGCACUCACCAACGGGGACCCCCUCAACGGCCACUGCUACCUGUCCGGCUACAUCUCGCUGCUGCUGCGCGCGGAGCCCUACCCCACGUCGCGCUACGGCAGCCAAUGCAUGCAGCCCAACAACAUCAUGGGCAUCGAGAACAUCUGCGAGCUGGCCGCGCGCCUGCUCUUCAGCGCCGUCGAGUGGGCCCGCAACAUCCCCUUCUUCCCGGAUCUGCAGAUCACCGACCAGGUGUCCCUGCUUCGCCUCACCUGGAGCGAGCUGUUCGUGCUCAACGCGGCCCAGUGCUCCAUGCCGCUGCACGUGGCGCCGCUGCUGGCCGCCGCCGGCCUGCACGCCUCGCCCAUGUCCGCAGACCGCGUCGUGGCCUUCAUGGACCACAUCCGCAUCUUCCAGGAGCAGGUGGAGAAGCUCAAGGCGCUGCACGUCGACUCGGCCGAGUACAGCUGCCUCAAAGCCAUCGUGCUGUUCACGUCAGAUGCCUGUGGCCUGUCGGAUGCCGCCCACAUCGAGAGCCUGCAGGAGAAGUCGCAGUGCGCGCUGGAGGAGUAUGUGAGGAGCCAGUACCCUAACCAGCCCAGCCGCUUCGGCAAACUGCUACUGCGACUGCCCUCGCUGCGCACCGUGUCCUCUUCGGUCAUCGAGCAGCUCUUCUUCGUCCGUUUGGUAGGUAAAACCCCCAUCGAAACUCUCAUCCGCGAUAUGUUACUGUCUGGGAGCAGCUUCAACUGGCCUUACAUGUCCAUCCAGUGCUCCUAGACCUUGGGCGCUUCCCACCUGCCCCCGCCCCCCUAGAGACUCAGAGGACCUGCGGGGGCCAUGGACUCCAAAGCCUCCGGGACAGCAGGCGGCUGAUGCAGGGUGCGGCAGGCCAGGCAGGCCUGGCAGGGGGGAGGAGGGCCGGGACGACAGGAGCAGCUCACCCUGCAGAAAUGCAACCUGAGCUGCAAACCAGGAGAAAAAGAGAUUCUUUUAGGAUCAGAUCUGUGAACACAUUGGAAAGGAAAGAAAGAGGACCUUGUGUCUGCUGAGAAAAAGAAAAAAAAUUUUGGAAGAGAGGACCAUGAUAAUUUUAAUAAAACAGAAGGAGACUAACGGACCUUCCAGGAUUUAUUGUGGACUGAUGUGGAUAUAUUCUGUACAGAAAACAACACACAUGGAAGUGGACUGAAUCCUAUGUAGAAACACACACACACACCCCCAAACAUUGUUAUUCAUUUUGUAAAAUACUAGUCUUUAUUUUCAUUUUUUGUAAAAUUUAAACAUCGUAUGCACAUAAAAAAGGAAACAAGAAUUAGGGGAAAAUAACAUUUUCCAAAUAAUUAUAAAAAAUUGUCCUGUGUCUAUGUAUCUAUAUCUGUUUUGUAUUUUUUUCUGGUUCCAAACCAGAUUUCCUGUGAUUCUAUACUAAUAAUUUUUGAUAUAACCCUUUGCUUCUUAUAAUGAGUGCGAUAUAUGUUGUCGAGGCUGUUCUUCAAGAAUUAAAAUUGAAGUGAAAAUUUAAACAAAAAUAAAAGAAUUUAGCAAAA